AGUAGCAAAGGAAGCAAUCUGGUACAUUGUCAGUUUUCCUUUUCUCUGCGUUGAAAAACGCUAAUCGAUUUUGGAUUACUUUUCAUUGUUUUUUGUUUUUUUUUUUCUAAGCGAAAUUUUCUUUAUUAUGAUUUAAUUGCUCGGAAAAGCUCAGAUAAGAAUAUAUUAGCAAUUCCUUCAAUAAUUUUGUAAAAAAUGGAGAAGAGUUCAAGCAGCGAAACUGGCCAAAAUUUGGCAUCUCAAUACGCUUUACGUGUGGCUUUGCAAACUAUGAAAGAAAGGUGUAUGUACCAACAGAAAAGGCUAGCGGAAGUCGAAGAUGAUAAUCAACAGCUAAGGGAGCGUUUAACACAAAUUAAUAAACCAAAUAGCAACAAUUUGCAGGCUUAUAAUGGCGGCGGGGUGGCGGAAAAUUUUCAGUUACGUUUGCAAUUGUCCGAAUUGCAACGUCAAAAUGAACAAUUAAAUGCUCACAUAAACAUGGUAUCGGCUGAAAACCGUAAACUGUGGUCGCGCCUUUCGCAAAUGACAAAGGAACAAUCAACUACAAAACUUAAAGCUCAAGAUGCCGUGCUCAUAAGCAAUGAUGAGACCACGGCGAUGCAAACGGGUUUGGCAACACAAAAUUUAAUACGUUCGAAAACUUUUACCCAGCACUCACCUAACCCGAAUCUGCGUCAUAAAUUAAUUACUGCCGAUAGUAGUGAUAUGGAAAUGUUAGAUAUCAGUUUGGAAGAGGAAGCACUCGAAGCUCACGAAGUCGAAAAUUGUAUAGGUCAACAGGGGAAACAGAUAAUAGCAGCUAAUAUUUCACCGGAGGAAUCCGUAGGCUUUGGUUAUUUGAACGUUGAAGUUCCCAAUGUUGAUGGUGGUGAACAUGAUUUUAAUUUAGAAGCCAAAAAAUGCAUAGAAGGCCUACAGGAAAUGCGUCGCGAGGCUAUGAAACAACAACAAGAGUUAAGCUCUGUUUAUAAUUUUUUGCAAAAUAAAAUUGCCUUAAGACCUUGUGCGGAGUGCGCUAAACGCAUAGAAGAGAAACCUGAAAUGGCUGAUAAGAGCUUGGAAACCGACGAAAGUCUUAGUGACUUUAAACCUUAUGCUGCUAAUUAUGGCAUCAGCAAAGAACAAAAUCGAGAGAUAGACAAAACUUCUUGUAAAACAUCAACACAAGAUCAGGCAGGAAAUAAUCAUCUUAAUAUAGUACACGAAAAACUAUUGGCGGACGAGCAAGACAAAAUAUGUCCUAUGUGUGGGAAGACCUACGAUUCGCGCAUUUCGUUCGAUGCGUUUUGCGCUCACGUUGAGGAACAUUUCCGGGAAGAUAUCAUUGAUUUGGAACAUUUGAGUAAGGAACACAAUUUUGAAUUAAUAUCACAUGCCGUUGGCGAUUUCUGACACAAUAAUAAACGCAUUUACUUUUCUUCGGAAUUGUGAUGGAAUAAGGAGUGAAAAAAUGAUGAAUCAAAUUGGAAUUUUUAUAAACAUGCAAGCCUUAUCUUUGUAAGAUAUUAUUAUAUAUUUUGAAAUAAUUGAAAAAUAUUUUUAUUUUUUUUUUGGUUUAAUACUAUAUUGUCUUCUUUUUAUGUCAAAAAAAUACGGGUUUUCUUUAUAACCUCUUAAGUAAUUUGAUUGAAUUGACAAAAAAACAAAAAAAAAAAAAACAAUUGGAGUAAUAAUAAUAA